GCUGGUCCGCUACAUAUACAGACACCCACUAGCACGCCUUCUCUUAAUUUAGCCAAACCAACUAAAAAAAGAACCAAACCAGCUUUUUUGGUGCCCCAUUUUUGUUGUUGCUGCUGUGUGCUAGACGAAUAAAAGGCCACGCCAUGAUAAGCUUUUUGUUCAUUGUAAAUCGCGCUCUCAGCAGCGGCACGGCGGUGAAUUUAACGAGCAAGAAGAUGUCCGCCCCUGGACCACGCCCCCUCGUCCUCUGCGGCCCCUCGGGCUCCGGGAAGAGUACGCUCCUUAAAAGACUCUUCGCAGAAUUCCCCAACACCUUUGGCUUCAGCAUAUCCCAUACCACGCGAAAGCCUCGGGAAGGCGAGGAGCACGGUGUGCACUACUAUUUCGUGGAACGACCGGAAAUGGAGGCAGCCAUCGCCGGAGACGAGUUCAUCGAAACGGCCGAGUUCACGGGCAAUCUGUAUGGCACCAGCAAGGCGGCAGUGCGUGAGAUCCAGGCCCAGGGAAGGGUCUGCAUCCUGGACAUCGAACAGAAGGGUGUGGAGCAGAUCCGCCGCACCGAUCUGAAUCCCAUUUUGAUCUUCAAUAAUCCCCCGAGUAUCAAGGAACUGGAGCGGCGACUACGUCUACGUGGCUCAGAAACGGAGGAGUCGCUCGCCAAACGCCUAAAUGCCGCCCAGGUGGAACUGGAUUACGGAUUGACGCCCGGUAAUUUCCACAAGAUCAUCAACAACGUGGACAUCGAUGUGGCCUACGAGGAGUUCCGAAACUUUGUGGUCCAGGAACUCAAGGAACAGGAGAGCCAGGGAGUGCCCAUUAGCCUGAAGUAGGACGAAGGACUCUGAACGAAGGUGCAAUGAUAUUAACCUCAGUGGGAUGGGUGUAUCAUUAUUUUUUCAAUGGUUCGUUGGCAAGGAAAAUAAUCCAUGUAUCUUUCAUUCAUGGUAUUGUAUACAUUGGUCUUGUCUCUAAAUUGAGCACUUAAACUAAAAGGAAAACCAGGUAAUAUUUAUAUUUCGUCACAAAUAUUUAUAUGUGAGAAAAAUUGAUACCUUUAAGAACUAGGGGGUUUGAUUUAAUUUGUUCAUAUACUUUUGUACAAAUGACAUGCUAUUUAUUUAUUUAUGGAUUUGAAAGAAAGAGGUAUUUUAAAUAUAUUUUAUAAUUAUCUUCGCUUAAUCUGUUCCUUAAAAAAAUAUUUAUCUUAACCAAGAUAAAAACAAUUAAACCUUCAUAAAAAUAUAAUUUCUUAUGUUUAAUAUCAUUUAAUUAAUUUGUAUGCCAACGCUGCCUAUUUUGUAAAAUGUUAUACUAAAACUAUUUCUUUGAAUUAGUAAAAUAAUAUUUUGUUAAAAGAAAAGAAGUAGAAUUGGGUCGGUUUUGGCGGUCUUUAAUUAAAAAUAUUAAAGACCGCCAAAAUCGACCCAAUUAGAGCAGCCAGCUUGACCUACAGUUUCCAAUGAAAGUGCGCCAUAGAUUACUUUCCGUGCCACCGAUCCAAGAGGCACCCACCCUAAAACCACGUUGACUAAUGGCAUUUAUACUUAAGAAAUGGCUUGUAUUUAUUCUUCUCCUGUCCACCUUACUGUUGUGCGAAAUCGUUGUUGUAGUUGUAAUUUUAAGCUGAAAGUUGUUGCGCUGCUUCACGGUCGAGAAAACCGGGGAAGGCGAUAAAAAUGGAAUCAAUAAAGAGCAAACAAAUGCGGGUAUAUUGUAUUUA